UCGCUCGCCACGUGAAUGGGGCCCAGCCACGUCGGCGUCCGAUGUGGCGCCCCUGCCCCCGAAGAAACUGAUGCGGCCCCAAACCUCGCAGCUCCUAGCCUCACGCUUGGAAAGCAAGUGGCCGCCGCAACCAACGCCUUGCUCAUGCUUUGCUCCCGGCCGCGGCCGCCAGCGAUCGAGACGGAGAAAAUAGCGGAGAAAUCAGCGGUGGAUUCGGAGAGGGCGGGGGUUCACGAGGAGAUGAACGGCCGUAGCGGCGGCGGAGUUGGAGGAGGGGGAGUGGGGGAGGAGAUAGAGAUGGAGGAGGACGGCGGCGCCGGCUGCGCGCGGGGGACGGGGGCGGGGAAGGAGCGGGUGGUGCUGAUGUGGGGCUACCUCCCCGGCGUCUCGCCGCAGCGCUCGCCGCUGCUGGGGCCGGUCCCAGUGAGGCUGCCCCAGGCGGCGGCGGGCGGCGGCGAUGGGUGGAGGGAUGUGUGCGGCGGCGGGUGCGGUUUCGCUAUGGCCAUCUCCGAGUCUGGAAAACUCCUCACUUGGGGUUCUGCUGAUGACAUGGGCCAAAGUUAUGUGACUGCUGGGAAGCACGAGGAGACUCCAGAGGCUUUUCCUCUUCCUAGUGGUGUUGCAAUAGUGAGAGCGGAUGCCGGAUGGGCUCAUUGUGUUGCAAUAACAGAUGAAGGGGAUGUCUAUACGUGGGGUUGGAAAGAAUGUGUUCCUACUGGAAGGGUCAUCGCUGACCAGUCAUCUGUUGGAACUUUGGAAAAGGAUGAAAGACAGAGUGCAAUUGCUGCUGACCAAGUGAGCCCGAGGUCACAGGCGUCUAGGACAAACAGCGGAGCAGCAUCUGGUCCUUCCGAAAGUAAAGGUAUUGAGGAUAGCACAAAGCGACGAAGGUUGUCUUCAGCAAAACAAGGACCAGAGAGUUCAACAUCUAGUGAUGAAAGUCUUUCAGCACCCCCUUGCGUUGUGACAUUUAAUACAGGAGUUAAAAUAGUGGCAGUAGCUGCUGGUGGUCGUCAUACAUUAGCUCUAUCAGCAUCAGAUUUAGGUCAAGUAUGGGGUUGGGGAUAUGGAGGAGAAGGGCAACUAGGUCUGGGUUCUAGAAUCCGGACAGUUUCCUCUCCACAUCCCAUACCGUGCAUUGAGUCGGCGAUAUACAGCAAGGAUCGGCCAUCAGCUAUGAAAGGUAACAAAUCUGCUGAAGGGCAUAUCAAUAAAGUCAUGGGAAAUUGCGUGAAAGCCAUUGCUUGCGGAGGUCGUCAUAGUGCUGUAGUAACAGACUCAGGAGCGCUUCUUACAUUUGGAUGGGGGAUGUACGGACAGUGUGGACAAGGGCAUACAGAUGAUGUUUUAAGUCCGACGUGUGUAUCAUCUAUCCUGGGAGUCAAAAUGCAAGAUGUUGCCACAGGUUUAUGGCACACUGUAUGUACGUCUAUAGAUGGUGAUGUCUAUUCCUUUGGAGGAAAUCAGUUUGGGCAGCUUGGCACUGGUUCUGAUCAAGCCGAGACUGUUCCGAAAUUGGUAGAUGCCACAAGCUUGGAACAUAAGAACGCCAGAUCUGUUUCUUGUGGAGCUCGCCACAGUGCUAUAAUAACAGAUGAAGGCGAGGUCUUCUGCUGGGGAUGGAACAAGUACGGCCAGCUCGGUCUCGGCGACUCGAUGGACAGGAACGUACCUUGCAGUGUUCUCGUGGAAGCGUACCACCCCCUGAACGUGUCGUGCGGUUGGUGGCACACACUAGUUCUCGCGGAGUCUCCUACUUGAAACCUGACGAAGAAAUUACCCUAGUUUGACAAUUUUGUUAGGAAGUUGGUAGGCUCAUGCAGGUGCAGGGAUGCUGCAUUUCGUGUACAUACAUGGCAGUGCAUAUAGAUGUGCGUGUUCAUUCUUUCCGGUGCGCUCUUCAACACAGAACGUACACAAAGCUUGUAUCGCACUGCGUAUAUGGUUGAGUAGGAUUGCCUGUACAACGCAUUGACGCUUGUCAUGCGGUUAUGCUGGGCUCGCACUUCCAGUGUCAAUGACGACACAGGGUAACGGGAUUGCUAGUCUGCUAACUCCAAACGUACAAGUUCUUCCAUCCGGCAUACCGCGCCGCUUCUCUAUGUUCGUUUGGUUUGUAACACCGAUUGCUUUUUAGCUAAUUCAUAAGACUCUUGCUUCACGUCGCGUUGGUAAUGACAACUUGGUAUACGUUGGGUCUUCACCCUGGAAGUGUGAAACAUCGCAGAGAUGUCUGACAUAAAUGUUAAUGAUCAAUUAAACACUUAUGGA